UGCCCCCGCGCCAGGGGGCGCAGCUCCACGCGGCCCGGGUAUGGAGCGCGGCGCUGGGGACCACCGUCUCUCCUUCCCGUUUGCCCCCACUUCACCGCUUCCGUCCUCUUUCCCCGCGCCAGGGGGCGCCGCUAGGCGCAGGGCCCCUUCACGGAUCAGAGUGCGGGGAGAGUCCCCAGACCCCCUCACCGGGCUCCCGCACUGCCCCUUGCUGCCAGGUGUUCAUGAACUCUGCUCAGCUGCUUCUCCAGAACAUCCGGGUUUACGGGCGGGACCCCCUCCCACCUCCCAGGACCCCCGCGCCCUUUGGGGAGAGCAUCCCACCCCCGGCGACAGUCGUGUCAUAGACCACCGCUCUCAGGCCCGCAGUCUCAUCCGGCUCCAGCUCUGCACCCUGGCAAACUGCCUAGCCAGAGCUGCGCAUCUGCACCCUGGGGUGGACUUCUUAUCCCAGCCCUAGCCUCUCUGCACACCUCCGAUCCGAUCCCGAAUGGGCUUCCACCCCCUCUCCAUCCCCGGACACCUGGCAGAACCCGCGCAGAGAGCCUCCUCCAGCUCCCAUCUGUUCCUCAAGAGGGCGGAGGCUCAGGCUGGAGCCAGAGCAGUAGAGGGGAUAUGCACAGACUCCCCCUCCCCCCGGCCCCUCAGGCCGGGGGUGACCUUGCCCCCUGGAACCUUCACCAUGAAUACCAAGGACACCACUGAGGUUGCUGAGAAUAGCCACCACCUGAAGAUCUUCCUUCCCAAGAAACUGCUGGAGUGUCUUCCUCGAUGCCCACUGCUGCCUCCAGAGCGGCUCCGGUGGAAUACAAAUGAGGAGAUUGCAUCCUACCUGAUCACCUUUGAGAAACACGAUGAGUGGCUGUCUUGUGCCCCAAAGACAAGGCCUCAGAAUGGCUCCAUUAUCCUCUACAAUCGUAAGAAGGUGAAAUACCGGAAGGAUGGUUACCUUUGGAAGAAACGGAAGGAUGGGAAGACUACCCGAGAGGACCACAUGAAACUCAAGGUCCAGGGCAUGGAGAACCCCGACAUCGUCCUUGUGCACUACCUGAACGUCCCAGCCCUGGAGGAUUGUGGAAAAGGCUGUAGCCCCAUCUUUUGUUCCAUCAGUAGCGACCGGCGAGAAUGGCUGAAGUGGUCACGUGAGGAGCUAUUGGGACAACUGAAGCCCAUGUUUCAUGGCAUCAAGUGGAGCUGUGGGAAUGGGGCAGAGGAGUUCUCCGUGGAACAGUUGGUGCAACAGAUCUUGGACACCCACCCAACCAAGCCAGCACCCAGAACCCAUGCUUGUCUCUGCAGUGGGGGCCUUGGUUCGGGGAGCCUUACCCACAAAUGCAGUAGCACGAAACACCGAAUCAUCUCUCCCAAAGUGGAGCCCCGAGCUUUAACCCUGGCUUCUAUAUCCCACUCCAAGCCCCCCGAGCCCCCACCACUGAUAGCUCCACUUCCUCCAGAGCUCCCCAAGGCACACACCUCCCCAUCUUCCUCCUCUUCUUCCUCUUCCUCCUCAGGGUUUGCAGAACCCCUAGAAAUCAGACCGAGCCCUCCUACCUCUCGAGGGGGUUCAUCAAGAGGAGGCACGGCCAUCCUUCUCCUAACAGGACUAGAGCAGCGCGCUGCAGGCCUGACACCCACCAGGCACUUGGCUCCACAGGCUGAACCUAGACCCCCUGUGAGCUUGGCCGUGGUUGUAGGUUCUGAGCCUUCUGCCCCACCAGCUCCCCCCAGCCCUGCCUUUGACCCUGAUCGUUUUCUCAACAGCCCCCAAAGGGGCCAGACAUAUGGAGGGGGCCAAGGAGUAAACCCAGACUUCCCUGAGGCAGAGGGCACUCACACUCCCUGUCCUGCCCUGGAACCUGCUGCCGCCCUGGAGCCCCAGGCAGCUGCUCGAGGUCUCCCUCCACAGUUGGGAGCAAGCGGGAGAAGAGGAAACAAAUUCUUUAUCCAAGAUGAUGAUAGUGGGGAGGAACUCAAGGGUCCGGGAACAGUGCCGCCUGUACCUUCAUCUCCUCCUUCAUCCCCGUCCUCCCCAGCCGCCUUGCCGCCAUCAGGCAGGGCAACAAGAGGAGAAGCCUUGUUUGGAGGCUCUGCUGGCGGCAGCAGUGAGCUCGAGCCCUUCAGUCUUUCAUCAUUCCCAGACCUUAUGGGAGAACUCAUCAGUGAUGAAGCUCCAGGUGUCCCUGCCCCCACCCCCCAGCUCUCUCCUUCGCUAAACACCAUCACAGACUUCUCCCCAGAGUGGUCCUAUCCAGAGGGUGGGGUCAAGGUGCUCAUCACAGGCCCUUGGACAGAGGCCGCAGAGCAUUACUCCUGUGUCUUUGAUCACAUCGCAGUGCCAGCCUCCCUGGUCCAGCCUGGUGUCUUACGCUGCUACUGUCCUGCCCACGAGGUAGGGCUGGUGUCUUUGCAGGUGGCAGGGCGGGAAGGCCCCCUCUCUGCUUCUGUGCUCUUUGAGUAUCGAGCCCGCCGGUUCCUGUCUCUGCCCAGUACACAGCUUGACUGGUUGUCACUGGAUGACAGCCAGUUCCGGAUGUCCAUCCUGGAGCGGCUGGAGCAGAUGGAGAAGCGGAUGGCAGAGAUUGCGGCAGCUGGGCAGGCUCCUGGUCAGGGCCCGGAGGCUCCUCCAAUUCAGGAUGAAGGCCAGGGCCCUGGCUUCGAGGCACGGGUGGUGGUCUUGGUAGAGAGCCUGAUCCCGCGGACUACUUGGAGGGGUCCUGAACGUCUGACCCAUGGAAGCCCCUUCCGGGGCAUGAGCCUUCUGCAUCUGGCGGCUGCACAGGGCUACGCUCGGCUCAUUGAGACUCUGAGCCAGUGGCGGAGUGUGGAAACAGGAAGCUUGGACUUAGAGCAAGAGGUUGACCCGCUCAAUGUGGACCAUUUCUCUUGCACCCCUCUGAUGUGGGCGUGUGCACUGGGACACUUAGAAGCUGCUGUGCUCCUGUUCUGUUGGAACCGACAAGCACUGAGCAUUCCCGACUCUCUGGGCCGGCUCCCCCUGUCUGUGGCUCAUUCUCGCGGUCACGUGCGCCUUGCCCGCUGCCUUGAGGAACUGCAGAGACAGGAGCUUUCAGUUGAGCACCCACUCGCUCUGUCCCCACCAUCCUCUAGCCCAGACACUGGCCUGAGCAGCGUCUCGUCACCCUCGGAGCUGUCGGAUGGCACUUUCUCUGUGACAUCAGCCUACUCAAGCGCCCCAGAUGGCAGUCCUCCCCCUGCUCCUCUGCUGGCCUCUGACAUUUCUAUGGAGACGAUCCCAGGCCAGCUUUCUUGUGGUGCCCCCGAGACACCCUUACUCCUCAUGGACUAUGAAGCCACUAACUCCAAAGAGCCUGCUCCCUCCCCGUGUGGCCCCCCACUAGCCCAGGAUGAUGGGGCCUCUCCAGAGGAUGCUGACAGCCCACCAGCUGUGGAUGUGAUCCCGGUGGACAUGAUCUCACUGGCCAAGCAGAUCAUCGACGCCACACCAGAGCGGAUUAAACGAGAGGACUUCUCAGAGUUCCCUGAAGCUGGAGCCUCACCACGGGAGCACACGGGCACCGUGGGGCUCAGUGAGACCAUGUCCUGGUUGGCCAGUUACCUGGAGAAUGUGGACCAUUUCCCCAGCUCAGCUCCUCCUAGCGAGCUGCCCUUUGAGCGAGGCCGUCUAGCUAUCCCUCCUGCGCCUUCCUGGGCAGAGUUCCUCUCUGCAUCUACCAGUGGCAAGAUGGAAAGUGAUUUUGCCCUGCUGACACUCUCAGAUCAUGAGCAGCGGGAACUGUAUGAGGCAGCACGAGUCAUCCAGACAGCUUUCCGAAAGUACAAGGGCCGGAGGUUGAAGGAGCAGCAGGAGGUAGCCGCAGCUGUGAUCCAACGUUGUUAUCGGAAGUACAAGCAGCUGACCUGGAUUGCACUUAAGUUUGCACUCUAUAAGAAAAUGACGCAGGCGGCCAUCCUGAUUCAGAGCAAGUUCCGAAGCUACUAUGAACAGAAAAGGUUUCAGCAGAGCCGCCGAGCAGCGGUGCUUAUACAGCAGCACUACCGCUCCUACCGCCGUAGGCCCGGGCCUCCUCACCGGCCCUCAGGCCCCCUUCCUGCUCGGAACAAGGGCACCUUUCUCACCAAGAAGCAGGACCAGGCAGCCCGGAAAAUAAUGAGGUUCCUGCGGCGCUGCCGACACAGAAUGAGGGAAUUGAAGCAGAACCAGGAGCUGGAGGGGCUGCCCCAGCCAGGACUGGCCACCUGACCUCUCCAACGCCUUUCUUCAAAACCCUGGGGGCCCCUUCUGGCUGUCUAAACAAGGAGAGGGCUUUCGGGACUAGGGGAGCCCCCUGUCGGCAGCUCUUCCCCCUUCACCUUUUCGGGAGCCCUUCGUAGAACCCCCGCCCCCAGGCCUUACACGUUUCCUCCCUUCUGGUCGUGCCUCCUCUUUUGGUCCCUGGCUCCAGAAGACCCACGCCCCACAUAUCUGCAUCUUCAGCUGUGACCUACGGAGCCCUGCCUGCACCUUCUCCAUAACCCCGUUCCUGCCUGCACCUGACUCGGACCUUCCUGACUUGCCUUAUUUAUUUGUUCGACGAGUCUCUGAUGAAUGUAUCCGCCUCGGUCCCCACCGCUGCCUUCGCUGCGCGCGCCCUCGUGUUUCAGGGGGUGACUCUGCCCCCACCUUGACUCCGCAUGUUUGCGUCUGUUUCCUCCUUUCCUGGCCCUGUCUUCCCCAUCACCCUGACUCUCUGGUCGCCCACUUAGGGGCCAAAGAGGAGGGGGUGUACAUAGGAUCGCGAGGCGGAGUCCCGCUCCCGUGGGGAGGGGUUUGUACAUAACUGUAACAUACAGAGUAUAGUGAAGAAUCUAUUUAAGGCGCUGCGCGGCCGGGCGUCUGAUUCCCUGGCGCGGCGGGAGUCCCCGGCUGGCUCCACGAGCACUUUCUACUUGUGCAUGGGCUUGGUUUAUACGAAUUGCCAUUAAACGUCUCUGCACCAGCUA